CAAAACUCAUACAUGAACAAACAUAUAGCUUCUUUUAUUGGUUGUCUCCAUAACAAGGGUUGAAGUGUCAAUGUUUUGCUACAAGCAGCCUACAACUACCAUUAUCAUUUGCAAUGCCUGUCAUCUUCGUUUGUUUUAAGCGGACAACCUCUUGUUUGGAUUGCUAGGUAGCAAUAUCUUUACAAGAAAACAAAAAAAUAAAAUAAAAAAUAAGAGGUCGUUUACUACUACUACUACUACUACUACUACUACCCAGCACUUGAGCUAUGUUUUGUAAAUUGUUUUUAAAAUAUUAGGCUUUUGAGUUCAAAUGACUUGUUUUUAUUUGUUUAGUGGUAAGUUGAAAUAUUGAAAUAGUUAAAUACAUUUAUUCUGAUUUCAUUAUUUAGGCAGUGUUAAAAUGCAAUCAUUUGUUUGUAGAUAGCACUGUAAAAAAUUAUCGACAAUCUCUUGUAAGUAAGCCUAACUUUUUUAGGUAAAUUUUAAAUUUUAAUUUAUUUCAGUUUGCUUUAUCAUUAGACUUAGACAUUUUUAUUAUAUUUUGUUUGCUAUUAAAAUUUUUAAAGUCUAUUAAAUUAUUAAAUAAUACUCGGGGUUUUUUUUAUCAAAUAAUAAUCAGAUUCUCAAAACUUAAAUUAAGUUUUAAUUUUAUUUCUCUGUGCAUAGUACACAAUGUAACUAUAGUAUGUAUAUAAAAUAACAAGUCAAUUAAAAUCACUAUUCAAAAUAGCAAUAUUUUUAUACUAAUUUGUGAUACUAAGAAGUUACAUAAACACACAUUUCUGGCCAUACUUAAAAAAAAAAUUGUUUUGAAUCCUAGACUUAACGAAGUUUUAAAAAUGAUAGAGCAAAAACAAAUUUGUACAUAUCAUUGGUUUUGAUCUAAUGAUUAGUAAUAAGUCAUUAUUUAAAUAUAUAACUUUACAAAUUGAAAAUACAAAUAAAUGUUUUUCAAUUUGCAAAUAGUAUAUCUAGUGUUUGGCAUUUGUUGCUUUACUCCUCAGCGCCUUCACUUCGUUCACCAAAUCAAAAACAAUCCUCGAUUAGUUAUUCAAGAUUACCCUGGGUAGGUUACUGGGGUUUUUUUAUACAAAUUUUAAGGCUGUAACGUGUAAUUAUUGACACUUAUAUUAUAGUUGUAGUAACUGCCAAACGGCCGUAAAUAAAAUUAUAAACAAUAUAACUUAAAAACUACCUAUUUUUGCACAGCUUUUUUUGCAUUAUCUUACUGUCAUAAAAAUUGCAUUUUAAAAUUUAGAAAAAGCUGCCCAUUAAAGUAAUAUAUGCCAAUUCUAGACCAAUUUCAAUUUUAAAUAAAUAUUUUUAUAGAUAUCUAAAUAUUUUAAUAUUAUGCCCUAGAAAUAUACAUAUUUAUUUUUAUGGUCACUUACAUUUUAUAUUUGACAAUUUGUAUAUUAUAAUUUAUCUUUGAGGACAUACAUAUUUAAAUUUAACAAUUAGCAACUUCUUAACCUGCUUGUUCUCAAAUGUUAUUUUGUUAACCAAGUAAAUGCAUGUAUACAAUAAAUCACGUUCUUCCAAAAGUAUGUUGUAAUUCAAAUUCAUAUGAAUUGAUGAUGGUGACCAAGAAAAUAGCUUAAUGUAUUAUUUCUACCUAAAAAUAUAUAUAAUGAUUUUUUAACCCUUGCUAGUUAUACAAAUUUGUUAGAUGUAAUAAUUUCUUAUUCUUUUGCAUGAAUACUUGAGAAUUAAUAAAAGGUGAAAUGGAUAUCUAUAUUCAUUUAAUAUUGUUUAUACUAUUCUGAGUUAUGACAUGAAUUAUUUACCAAGUAUAAAUGAAAUAACUUUUAAUUUAUUAGUAGGUAUUGUUUUAAAAAGCUACAUUCCUAGACACUUUUGAAUGGAGUGUUCUUCACACAGCAGUCUAGUGAUAAACAGUACAUAUUGAGUUUUAAAACUAGGUCAAUUGUUGUGGAAAAAAAAUUGUUUGGAUAAUUUAUUUAAUAUUAUGUUUGACUACAUUUUUAUCAAUUUGUGUUAUAAUGUAAUCUUUAAGUAGUUAUAUAAUAUAUUAAAUCUGAAAAUUAAAAAAAAGCAACUAUUUAAUACAUACUUUUGUGUAUUAUUACUCAGUAGGUUUUUUUUAUUUAAUGCUCUUUUCUAUAAGAUAACUGCAAGAUCGCAUUUUAUAUUGAAACUACUUAGCUAACAUAGACUUAACUUCAAACUAGAUAUUAAAUUAAUUUUAUUUAUAAUUAACAUGCUCAACGUCACUCGUGAUUUCAGAAACGACGGAAAUAACAAAAACUAAAACCACCCAUACCUUUAAAUUUAGAGUUCAUUGUCAUUGGCCAAUCUAAGUUUCAGAGUUUAUUAAAAAAAAAUCCGAUUUAAUUAUAGCGUAUAUAAAUGUAUAGGUUUUUGACGCGUUAACAUGUCACUGGCCUGUUGGAAUAAACUCUGUUGACGCGUAUAUGCGUCAGCAGUGUUGAAAGUGUUAAAGUGUAAAUAACAAAUUGUGGUAUUCAAAAGUAAUACGGUGGAUUUUAAGAAUAAUAUAUUUGCUAACCAUUUAUGUAAAGUAUAAAUUAUAAUCUUAUUUAACAUUAUUAAUAUAGAACAAUAAAGUUGAUAAUCGUAUUUUAAGUGAAAAUAUAAAAAAAUAUAGAGAGUAUCAAAUCAUCAAUUUAUAAUUGAUGAAUUGUGUAUGGGAACGGAUAAAUAUAUACUUACAUAAACAACAAUUAUUUAAACAUUUUCAUAUAUAUGUGUGUGUUUUGUGUAUUGUAACAGCUUGGUUUAAACCAAGUUCCUAAAAAAUGAUUACUACUUUUUUGAACGCAUGAAAACAAUGUUGAUUUAGUACAGGUAGUUUAUUAUAUUUGGUACUAAGUAUAUUGAAACUACCCUUAAUGAAUUGUUGACCAUCUGCUGCUCUCACUCUUCAUUAGAAUAUAUAUACAAAUACAAUGUUUGUGCUGUAUUUUUACAUUGAAAAGUAUAAUCAAUGUAAGAACAAAAAAAAAACAAAUAAUGACAGAUUGUAUGCAAAGAAUGAUUCACAAAUUAUAUUGUGUUUUGGUAAUAGAUGUAUGUAUUCAGUAAUUAUAAAUUGAAGUACAAAAUAAUUAUAAUCAUUCUUAUUGUAGCUAACAAACUUGGUGAAAACUUAUGCAUACAGUCUUAACUCAAAUGGUUUAUAUUAUUUUGUGUCUUAUUAGCUGAGCAUGUUAUUCUGGAGUAAAAAUGAAAAAUUCACCCAAGUAAUAUAUAUGGCUUUGGCCUGUUUGUGCUACAAAAUAAUGUAUAUUAUCAAACCCAGGCUGCUGUUACAAUACUUGUGAAUGGAUUCAAUUCUAACCUGUCACCUCUCACUCGCAUCUGCCUCUGUUUCACCCCAGCCCCCAAUCCCUAUGCACCAAUUUCAGCCUGAAACCCUGCGAUGUUUUCAAUACUAUGUAUACAUAAUACAUGCUAUGGUGAUUGUUGUUUACCGGUUACUAUGCUGUUUUCUGGUCGCUAAUGGUGGAUUAAAAAUAAAUUAAAAUAAAAUUUAUAAUGCCUCGCAUUUACGAAACGCUAUUAUCUGUGCAUUUUUUUUUUGCCGUAAUUUUGUGAUAAUUGCAAUUAAAAAGUGUUUCAUAGUGAAAAAAAAUGUACAAGAGUGUCGCAGACGAACAGUCAACAGACAGCUAUGUUAUGAUUUCACAUCAUUUUGAUAGUAGACUCAUGCUGUGCUUAGUUUAUAAUUUUGUUUUCUUUUUUUAUAUAUUUUUUUUAUACAUUUAAUCACCACCUAAAUUAACAGUAGCAGAAAAAUAAUUGGUGCAGAUACAAAAAUAAACAAAUUUUGGGUUGUAUUCAUUUUAUUUAAUACGCUUAUUUUAUAUUGCUGUGUUUAUAUGCUUAUUCGUUUAAAAUAAUUAAAUACAUUCAAAGCUUAAAUUUAAAAAUUUAUAUUAAUUAAAACAUUAUUUAUGUAAUUUUCUAUAUCAUAAUUAUCUUUUAGGUUAAAAAAAUGGGGAGUAGGGUGUUAUGUAUAUGCGCCCAAAGAUGAUUACAAACACAGGGCAUAUUGGAGAGAUUUGUAUACAGUUGAAGAAGCCGAACAGUUAGGUGGCUUAAUUACUGCCGCUAGAGAUUGUGGUGUUACUCUCUAUUAUGCCUUGUCUCCAGGACUUGACAUGACUUAUAGUAGUCAAAAAGAAAUAGCUACUCUCAAACGAAAAUUGGAUCAAGUUGCUCAAUGUGGUUGUAAAGCUUUUGCUCUAUUGUUUGAUGACAUAGAACCGGAUAUGUCACCAGCUGAUAAGGAAGUGUUUCAAUCGUUUGCACAUGCUCAGGUGUCAAUUACCAAUGAAAUAUUUCAGCAUCUGGGUCAACCUAAAUUUUUAGUGUGUCCAACUCAAUAUUGCUCAGCACGUGCUGUACCUAAUGUUCAAAAUUCUGAUUAUUUAAAUACUUUGGGCUCUAAGUUGGCACCUCAAAUAGACAUAAUGUGGACCGGACAAAAAGUUAUAUCACGUUCAUUAACUACCGAAUCUAUUAGAGAAAUCACUGAAGUAUUGAGGCGACCUCCUGUAAUAUGGGACAAUUUGCAUGCUAAUGACUAUGACCAAAAGCGCGUCUUCUUGGGGCCAUAUCAGGGACGUUCUCCGGACUUAAUUUCACAAUUAAGAGGAGUAUUGACUAAUCCAAACUGUGAAUAUGGUGCUAACUUUGUAGCUAUUCAUACAUUGGCUCAAUGGAGUAAAUGCACUUCUGAUCCUCCAUUAAUCACACAUGACAAUGAAAGUAUGAAAUUAGAGACUGAAAGUGAUGAAGAAGGUAUCAUUGAUCUUCCAGAGAAUAUUUACCAUUCAAGAAGAGCAUUACGUAUAGCAAUAAAAGAAUGGAUUCCAGAAUUUCGUAGACAGAAACAAGCUCAUGGUCCUAUUAUCAAACCACAACCUAACAUAUCGAUCAUGUCUCCUGUGGCAAUUCCCCUUGCAUCAUUUAACACGUGUAUGGCAACUUCAACCACCACCAUUACAACGUCAACAUCUACUGCACCAUUAUCUUUGUCUACAACUAAUAAUGUUGAGUCAAUUUCAUCAGCUACUGUUAAUGGUAGCCCUACUAAUGUCUUACAAACGGCAGUAGCUGUUACCAUGAAUCCACCCUUAGUGAUAAUGAAUUCUUUGGUGUCCGAAAGCAAAGUCAUCAGCGAGCCUAUGGACUGUAACAUGUCACCGGCUCCAUCACCGCAGAGUUCGGAUACAGCCAUGAACACUGAUAAUGGAUCAAGUGUUUCAAUGCAAGUGGAAACGCCUAGUCCAAGUGUGGAUAUGGUAGUGGAUGUGAUACAAGAUCGAAAACAUUCAUAUGAAAGGUAUGAUUGUGAAUUAAAUUAUGAAUUUUUUGAUUUAUAAUACUAUUUUGUUGAUAUUAGAGAUCUAACGGAAGAAGAUUUAUUGCUAAUGUGCGAUUUAUUUUAUUUACCAUUUGAACACGGUCCUCAAAGUGUUCAAUAUUUAACAGAAUUUAAUUGGCUUAAAAGCAAUGCUUAUUUGGUUUCCAAUGAAAAUCUUCGAAAAUCAAAGAAAAAAGAUUCAACUGACUCUAAACCUGAAAUCGAAGAAUGGUAUGAACGAGCAAAGAGAAUGGAUGAAUUAACUGAACAAGUUAAUGAGCUAUUCCAAAGACUGACAUUUAGUGCCAAUAGAGAACUUGUUCAUGACCUAUAUCCUUAUGUUUGGGAUGUUAGGUGUGUUAUAUCAUUACUAAACUUCUAUGUAAAAUGGCUUUCUGAAGGCCAUUUCCCACAAUCAAUCACAAAUUAUACUCUUGGGUCUUAUACAUGGUUUUCAAAAGGAUGGAAAGAAAGCUUUAUGAGUGGUGACCAAGAACCCUGGGUUUUUAGAGGUGGUUUAGUUGCUGAUUUACAACGGUUAAUGCCAGUUGAUGCUGGUUCUGAUUUAUUUAUAUAUAAGCCUCCUGAUACACCUACAAAUAAAAUGUACAAUGUACGACCAUAUACUUUUGAAGAUGAGUCUGCUGUUUACAAUAUUUGCCGGUGUACAUGUUAUACAAGCAUUGACGACCAUAGUAUAAACAAAUCUGAUUUACCUGACUUAAUACCUGAUAGACUUGUUGGUUCAUAUUUAACACUUAGUCCAGAACUUUGUUUUGUGGUAGAAGACAAUGGCACUAUCAUAGGUUAUGCGUUAGCUGCUUUAAAUGCAAAAGAAUUUUAUCAAAAAUUACAAGUAUCGUGGUUUUCUGAAAUGUGUUCAAAAUAUCCAUUAGAUAAUUCCACAGAAGAAAUACAGUCAGCUUCGCAAGAAAUCAUAAAUUGGUUCCAUUCGUUUAAUAUUAAUCAAGAACUGCCAGAUUCCAAUGCUCUGUCUCAGCAUCAAUCAGUUAUGACCUAUGCAACAUUACCUGUGAACAAUGAUGCAUCAGUAUCCAAACGAUUAAUUAUUUGUCUUCUAGCAGCAUUAAGAGCUAAUGGGUCAUUCGGUGUCCAUGUACCUUUGAGAACAAAAGAUCAACAAACAUUGGAAUUUUACACAAAAAUGGGAUUUAUGGAAAUUUUGCAAGGGUCUAACCUAAAUCCUGGUUUUACAUACUUAGGACGUGUUUUUUAAAAUAUUUUUCCGUCUUACAUUGCUGCCAAUAAAUGUUAAAUAUAUGAAUGAAAAUGCAUACAUGGUGAUACCAUUAUAGUAAUAAUUUUAAUUUAUUGAUGUUAAAUACAUUAUUAUACUUGUUAUUACUAAUUUCAGUAAAUGCUUAUACACAAAAUAGUCCAGUUAAGAUUACCUAAGUUAUUUGAAGGAAAUUUAAAUUAUCACGAGCUUGAAAAUUUUUUUUAUUUUUUCAAAUUGAUUUGUAAGCGUUAACAUUACACAAUUGAUAAUUUUAUAGAUUGUCUGUCAUUUUUUUCAUUAUUUAAUAUUUUAGUUAUUUUAAGGUCUUAUUACAUUUUGUAUGUUGUUUUGUAUGAAAAUAAAAUAAAAUUAAAUAAAUUUUUUUGUAUGUGACUACAUUUUAAGGAUUAAAUAUUGCUUUUAUUGUGAUUUUCUAUCAAACAUGUUUAAAUUUAUGUUCAAACAUGAUUUAUUCAUAUCAAGUAUAUAUAUUAUUUAUUUAUACUAUUUUAAA